ACUAAGCUCAAAUACUUGAUGUUUUCAGCUUGAUUUUGUUUUGUGAGAAAAACAAUUUAUCGGAUUUUUGACCUUUUUAGAGAACGGCAGAGAUAUUUUAGGGCAGAGGAACCGUUAAUGGUAGGUUAAUUUGAUAUUAUACCAUCGUGGUGUCUUAUAUUUGUAAUCAAAGAAAAUUCAGCAAGAAAUUUUGUCGUGAAAUCGAUGUUGUAUGCUCUGUGCUUAAACCAGGACUCAGAUCUAGAGUAUUAUGAUUCGCAUUGUUUUGAUUCGUUUUGAUGUCUUGUUUCUUUUGAUUCUGUGCAAAGGUAGACUUGAAGACUUAAAGAUUAGUCGCCAAUACUGUCUCCGAGUACAUCUUCGUUUAAUACUAAUUUGUUUUUAGCUUGUCGUGGUGUCGGUUUGUUUCAGCCCAAGUUUCAGCCGGCUUACCAAAUACAUUUUACAGUCCAGAAGCUUAAUUCAAAAGUUGUAUUUACUACGCUAAUAGAUUUCAGUCAUAAAUUUGAGGACUGCAUUUUAUAUGAAUAGUGUUCUUUUGGAAGUAACAGACUGGUAUUUAGAAUUCCAAUUCCCAAAUGAUGAUUUUAUUUUUUAUAGGUAACAUCGCGUGAUCACUCAACAGUAUACGAAGAGUAUUCUUCCCCGUGUUUUUCGUUCAUUGUGGUGCACAACAGAUCAUCAUGUAUAAAUCCACGAGAAGCGAACAUAGUUCACCUCUGUGGAGCAACAUAUCUAAUCUAAAAAGUCUCAAGAGAUUUAUCAGCUUCACAGUCUUCCCAGAAGAUGCUUGAUCAUGGUACUAUCUUUCUCUGUCCAUAAGGAUCUACUUACUGCAACAUUUUACAGAGCACUUAAUUUAGUUUACAGUUAAAAUGGGGGCAAACGCAUCUUCUGCAGAGAACUCACCUGAUUCAACAUUAGUAAGAGUACCAAGAUAUACUCUAGAAGAAAAGAGAAAGAAACAAUCAAAGCUAAACACUCUUAAAAAGAAGCUGAGUAGGAACAAAGGGGCUUUUAAAAUCCACGAUCAUGGAAAAAUGUUGAGAGAUUUAACACAGACAUGGACAACGCAGGAGAUAAAUGCUUUAGUAGAGGAAUAUGAAGCUAUGAUGAAUGUCAAAGAAUUAACAAAUCAGACCAGCCUUGUACGGCAGUCUGCACCAAGUCUCAAGAAAGAUCUCUUGAGGUUGUAUGAAGAGGGGAUUUGUGCUGAUGCUACUUUAGUUUUUGAGAACACUAGUUUCCAUGUGCACAGGGCUGUGCUGUCUUCGCGAUGCCCUUAUUUCAAGGAACUGUUCUUGCAGCACCCUGAAGAAAAUCCUGUGAUUCAUAUGGAGUUUAAAACAGAGGGAAUGACAAAGGACAUUUUUUCAUCACUACUUUCCUAUCUGUAUACUGGAGAUUUCACACCAAGGAAGUCAGGACUAGAGUACAUAGAUGUAUUGAUAAAUCUUGGGGAGGAAUUUGGAACACCCAAUGUUUUGGAGCAGGACUUCAAACAGCUUUUUCACAGCUGUGAAUUCGCUGAUGUGGCACUUGUUUUUCCAGCACAAGGCCCUUCGGAUACUUUUCAAUCAAAUGAUGGUAACUCAAUCUCGGAUCAAACCUAUGAAAUUCUGUGCCACAAAGCUAUUCUUUGUACAAGAUCGCCUUAUUUCAGGUCUUUGUUUCUUAAGAAUAAGCUAAAUUUCUCUGAACAUAAAGCAACAAAUUCAAGUGUACUCAGACUAGUCCUUGAUGAAUCAGUUAUGACACGACAAUACACACGAAUAGUUUUACAGUGCAUGUAUACAGACUCUGUGGAUUUGUCUGCUGUUGUAAAGUGGAGCUCUGAGGAUAGAAGAUAUCAUGCCCCUGGAACUCAUAAAUUGUUGACGGCAGCAGAAAUUGCUAUGGAAGUGUUUGAAGUAGCAAGUUUUAUUGAUUUACCUGUGCUCAUUCAGGGUAAGGGAGCAAACCUUAUUUAAAUGCCCUGACAUUCGGUUAGGAUUUAAUUAAGCCUUACUCCUUCUCUUGGUACAGUGUACUUGGUGAUUCUUUAGUGAACAUGUAGCCAUUAAUACAGAUGUUUAUACGGGAUAAGAUAAGCUGCGGCUUACUCUGGCCGUGGCUUACAUAAGAUGCAAACACCCCAUAUAAAUGCUACUAAAUUGAUGUUCAUGGCUCAUUCAACCCACAGCUAACUAAAGCCGCAGGUUGUCCUGACCGAGGGGUUUUGGGCUGUGCUUAUCCAAUCCAUGGCUUACCUUAGACGUGAAGGUGUUUGUAUAAAUUGACUAAAACAUUGUCCGCAGCUUGUUGAAGCCAUGAACAACUGCUCUGCAUGUGCUGUUUGUUAUUGUUGCCCAGACCUCCUUUUGCAUUAGCCUCCAAUCCAUUUGUUGAUUAAAAAACGGUGAGCAUGCAUGACUUUAGCUAGCAGUUUAUUAGCCAAAAAAUUGCUUUGAAAUCCUACUGGCUUGAUUACUUGCAAACCUUUUGUCGAGCUUCAUGACUUCCUUUGAUAAAUGAUUGUUUUGGAGCCUAACGCCAAUCUUAACUUAAAUUUUUAUUCAAAGAAAAUAAAUAUAGACAAUUAAGCAUAUUUUUUUUACAAGGUCAAUCGUUUUGCUUUUAUGCUCACUCAAAACAUAUGAGUAAAGAUGUAUAAAUUACCCGAAAACUAGAAACCAAUACUAAUUAAUUAUGUCAUCUUGUAGCUGUUGGCCUCAAACUAAGCUGCGAACCAUUUAUACUAGCAUUUUACAUCCUAUGUAAACCGUACUCAUAUAAAUAGUUUUAGUUCUAGCUUGAUCUUUUCACGUCGUAAGAAAACUAUGGCUUAUUUUCUCUUGGAGUAUAAAUGGCCCUUUUCUUUUCCGAAGGGUGUGAAGAUAUCAUUCUUGAAGAACUCUCCCCCUCUACUCUUCUUCCCACCUUGGAAUGGAGCUCCCUCCCGCAUGGAUCAGACUGGGUCUACAGACAAGCGAUGCAGUUUCUACAGGAUGAAUUUGUGAACAUUGCGCAGUCAGAUGCAUUCUCCCUGAUGCCUAGGAAAUAUUUGGUGGAAGCAUUAAAAUCUGAUUUUCUACAGGUAUCACUGAACUUUUUUAUUUACAUGUACAGAGAUUUAACUGGCUUUGCCACUCAAAAGUAAGGAACCAGACAUAAACUCAUUUCUGAAGUCUAUAUUGAAUUUUUAAGAAUCACGUAAAUGAGAAUGCAAUUUUAAAUCUCAGGAUAAUUCAAUGCAGACAGACAGACAGCAAAUUCUUGUAAUAUCUAUAAGUUGUGAUGGUACAUGUAACAUACAUGUACAGGUACUUUUGAGUACUGUAUUGACUUAAAAGAGUGCUACAGUGAUUAUACACUGUAAAAUCAAUGUUUUGACUUGGGCGUGCAGCACUUUUGUGGGUGCAGAGCAGAGCUUAUUUAAAGCUUCUUAAAUUGUGUUUUUACAGUAUUACACUGUAGGUAGUCUUUGUCCUAAAUAACAAUGAUAGCAUGAAAAUCUGAUUAAUUGUGAUAAGGUCACAAAAGUUAGUUUUGAGUCCUAAUUCCCAUUCCUUUUGAAAUUUGACUGCUGUAAAUGCUUGUUCUCUAGCCCCUCAUGACACAGUAAUUUUGUUACAGAUAGUUAUGGUGAGUCCUGGAACUCAUCUUGAGAGAAAUCAUGAGUCCCAGUCCAGAACUAAACACCUGUACUUGGUUCAACUUGACAAGAUAAUUCUUGGCUAUUCUGAUAUUGAUUAUACCACAUAAUUACGUGGAUCUGACUGGCCUGACAAGAACUAGGAGUAACCACGACUUUAAAAUCAGGCCUAGAGCAGCAAGGACAAACUAUUUUAAAUUUUCAUUUUUUAAUCGCUAUGUUAAUGAUUGUUACUCUUUACCAAACUCCAUUAUGUCUGCUUCCAGCUUGAACUCUUCUAACAUUUUAUUACUUAAUUAUCUUUGUAAAUAGCCAUAUUUUGUCAUUUCUCACCGAUUUUGGAUCUUCUUUUUUUUUUGUUAUUUAACAUCCAAGUAGUUUAAUUAGUCUUUUUUAUAUAAUGUAUAGUUACAUAUUAGAUAUUCUAGUUAUAUAUAUACAUGUAUAUUUAUUUUUGUUGUUGUGCAUUGGUAAAAAGUAUCAUUACACCUUUAUACCUUAAAGCAGAACCAUUGAGUCCCACUUCAAAAAACAGGGAGUCCCUUGGUCUUUUGUAACCACACAGUUAAUCUGAAGACAGACUCCAAAACUCUGUAUUAGAAAUUACAGAAAUGAAAAUAUACUCCUGCUAUUGUAAAACACAACAAAGACUAAAAGAAAUAAUCACACAAACAGGAUAUUCCACAGAAAACAUCUUCAGAUUAUUUUGCGUCUUUGGGAAUUUUUAUGCAUCAGGGAUGCAGGAUGCAGAGGUAACAAAAUCACUGAUGAUACAUGAUGAAUAUAAUUAAUAUAUUGAUUUUUUUCUAAUCAUUACUGGAAUGGGAAUACAGUAUGCAUGGAUCUUUGUUAAUAUUAGUUACUCCUUUUUCUCAGGCCUGUGAACAUGAUGUUUUGUUAUCCGUUGUCAAAUGGGGUGAAGCUCAGGUUCUUCAGAAUAUGGCUGAUCAAGGUACCAAAUCUUUUAACUACAUUGUAACUUGUUGUUCUUUUCUUACUUUAAUCAUCUCUCAAAUGGGUAACACCACUAGUGGCAAAUCGAGGGGAGGGACCCUAGCUACGACCUUAUUCAUAGGCCAAACCAAGGCCCACAGGGUGGUGACAAAGUUAUCAUUUUCUAGUUUGAGCCCACUUUUUCUUUCUGUAUCUGGAUGAGUGGGCCAUUUCACUUAUGUAAGGGUCAAGAUCUGCCACUAGUCAUGGGUACAAGUAUGUAGUUUUGUUUUAAAACCAAAGACAAAACAACCCUGCAUAUGAUAGACUCUUUUUCUUUUUUUUUCUGAAGAUCCAUUCCAGGAAAGCAAGAAAACCUCCAAGAGGCGAGAAAUUGACAGCAAGCAGCUUAAGAAAGUGCUAUCAGGUGUGAUGGAGCAUGUAAGGAUUGGACAUGUCCUACCACCACAUAGUGAACUGCUAGAAAGUGUGUUCCGCCGAGGUCUUGUUGAUCGAGGGAUGCCUCUUGAUAUUGGCGAAGGAAGUUUCUAUCCUAAUUUACCAUGGAUGAGGAGACGAGAAGAAAAGGAUUUUGUUCGACCAAGACUUUUUUUGCCAUACUUUGAGGAAGCGAAGGUGUGCCACAGUGGCAAUACAUGUAUUAUUAACUCAAUACAGUGGAACCUUGAUCUAGUGAAGGGCCAAGGGACUGGCAAAAUUUGUUCACUAUAACGAGGUUUCGUUAUAUCGAGGUUCUUUUCCAUACAUUUUACUAUUAGAGAAGCGUAGAAAAUCAUUUGUUAUACCAAGGACUUCAUUAUAGAGGUUUGUUCUAUCUAGGUUCUACUCUAUAUCCAGAGGUGACCUAGAUUUCAUCAAGUAACAAACACUGUGUAUUCAACGUUCAAUUGAUAAAUUUGGUUGCUCAUUCACAUUGCAUACCAUUACAAAUUACAGCUGAGGGUACAUUGUAUGUAAAUAGAGGUGGAAUUCAAAUUCCCAAGACGUGGUUCCAAGCUCUCCUUCCUUUUCCUACCCUACUGCCAGAGCGCACCGGAGAGCUUGCUCACGGGCUAGGGUGGGCAAUGUAAGCAGAUUGGUCAAUGGUUGAUUUUAGAUACCUUUGAGCAAUCAUAACUUCACCCCAUGCCAGGUAAUCCAAGACAGUCUUGGAUUCAGAAUUCCAUGUUGUGGAUUCUUGAUUCCAGGUUCUGGAUUCGGGCUUCCUUAUCAGUGAGACUUGGAUCUGAAUUCCAAUUGGAGGCGGGAUUCCAGAUUCCGUGAGCCGAAUUACAGAUUUCAAAGCCCAUGGCCCAGUUGUUCGAAGGCCGAUUAGCGCUUAACCCGGGGUUGAAUUUAACCAGGGUUUCUUUUUUUGUGUUCAAAAGCAUUUUCUUGGAUAAUUUUCUCUGUUAUUUUUAGAGCUUCCUAUCAUCAACUUGUAGACAAAAAGAAUUUAAUACUGAAAUGCUUUUUAAGCUUUCAAAACUGAAUUCAAAUCUCGAACUGACCCUAGGUUAUUUUAACCCAGCAUUGAACAACUCAGCCCAGGAUUCCAGAUUCCUGAAGCAAAAAUUUCUCGGUUUCUGGAUUUCACAGGCAAAAAUUUCCCAGAUUCUGGAAUUCAGGCUGCAGUUGUUCAAAUGUUGGAUAGCGCUAUCCACCGGAUAGAUCGCAAACCAGUGGAUGAGUGUUUGGGAAAUCAGUUGCGUUAUCCACUGAAUAGAGAUUUAUCCAGUGGAUAGCAUUAUCCACCUUUCAGACAACUCGGCCCUGAUGUCUUACAUAGGGCGAACAAUAAGCUCAUGCCCAUUAACCCUUUAAGCUCCAAUAUCCACAAACAAAUUCUCCACGCUGAUCUCCAUACAGUCCUUGAAAAUUUGGUUGAGAGAAUUUGUUAAAAGAUCAAUGCAUUUCCACUUACAAGUAGGUGAUCAUUGUAGAAAUUCUAGUAACCUUUCAACUUGAUUAUGUAUAAAUAUGGCUUGGAGAAAAUUGAUGAUGGUCACUCGGAUCAAUUUAGGCUUCUAGGAAACUGCCCACCUACCCCUUCCCUAAGCUAACAUUAACACUUACUUCUUACUUUGGGCAAAGUGAUGGCUUUAGGAGAGGGGUAGGUCGGCAGUUUCCCAGAAACCUUAUUUGAUCCGGUUGCUCUUGGUACUUCAAGGGUUAAAUUGAGCCUGCGAGCAAGCUCUUUGGGGCGCUCUAGCGGCGGGGUGGGAAAAGGAAGGAAAGCUUGCAACUUGCAACGUCUCUGGAAUUUGAAUUCUGCCUCCAAUUCCCCUGUGACUCCCCGUCAACUGAGCUGUCAGAUUUCCGCCAAUCAGCGCAAAGCGGAAACGAACGCGAAUGUAAAGAAAACAUUGAAAAACACGUGAAAGCACGCGCCAAGGGUAAUGACGUCAUUACUUAUGUCAUCUCCGCCAAUCAGCAUUUUGCAUCGACUUUUUUGAUGUAGAUAUUCAAAUUCCAGAGACGUAGUUGCAAGCUCUCCUUCCUUUUACCGCCCGGCCACCAGAGCGCCCCGGAGAGCUUGCUUGCAAGCUAAAUUGUGUCAAAAUUCAGUUGUAUUAUAGUAUCCUUUCUCGUCUCAUUCAGAUAAUUCUUCAAGACCACAAACACGCUGAAGUAGAGCUGAUGAGACACCGCAUGUCACGUGUCAGCCACAACAUGCCCGACACACUGUACAUGAUUGAGCCACAGAAACGAACCUAUACAGCACCAGCCCGCGUCCUUUCAGCCUCAGCCUCGGGAAGAAGAGAUCGAGAUGAACAGCCUUCAACACCGCAGACUUCCAGGAAUGAAGAGAAUGAAUUAGAGAGAUAUGUGAGAAAUAGGCAUACAAGUGAUAUGUCAUCAGGUAGAGUUUGAUUGGAAGCAUCUUUGCUUGUAACCUCCCACGCAGACUUCCUUUAUUGCACAGUAGGCUACUUAACUGGAGUCAUUAGAGUAAUUCUUAAAGGGUUACGGUCGUUUCGAUACAAAGUCGUUUCGAUACAAGUCGAUUCGAUACAAACUGAAGUCGUUUCGAUCCAUCAACAAAGUCGAUUCGAUACACGUAGAAAGUCGAUUCGAUUCGACUAACUGAAAUACGCUCCAGGCUAGGUAAUUUAUUCUCAAAGUUUCUGACUAAUCUUGUGAAACCAGAGGUCCUAAGAUAGUCGUAUUUCAGUGACUGGAGGCCUUUUUUCACUAACUUUACCCAUAAAUGAGUCGUCAGUGAUUCGUUAGUUUUUCUUUUGAGUUUCAAGAUUGCAUUGUAUUGCAUUGCAUUGUUUUGUAACCUUGUACAAUGAUAAGUUAAGAGUACUUACAAUACCUUCCUUGCGACGGUCCUCUUUGUAUCAUAUUGCACAGUUGUCUACAGCCUUUGUUUUCCAUGUUUCUUUUUCUUUGCUAAGGUGAGAGAGAUUCGACUGGUCCUGAUAAAAUGGCCGAACGUGAAUUUGCUCUCCCGGAUGUUGCAAUGGAGCUACCGUCUUAUGUCCCGGAUGAUGACUGGGACUCAGCAGCCGGACCUUCCAGGUUGCAUCCUUUUGGAGCGGAGGUGAAAUUAGUAAAAAAAAUAGAAACUAGGCCAUCGUACUUCUUCGUCACAUUUCUUCUAACAAACUAUCUGCACUUAAACUAGUUUUUUCGGGACCGAGGUCUCGUAGAUAGUUUUCACAAACACACGCCGGGAGAAAGAGAAGACCCGCGUGACUAGACCGUAUCAGGGACGGGUUGAGAGACCCUGGUAACGAGGUUGGAGAGUCGUUGGAUAGUGCACGCGUUUGUUGAUGAAUUGUAGUACAAAUAACCCGUUUCCCGCCUUACUUUUUAUUGUUUCUAUCUCAUUAAAAUAAAAUCCAACUAAGAUAUGAGAUGAUAGAGAGAUUUAGGGUCACCUUCACGGUAAACGGCAGAUCCAAGUUGAACAUUUCUUAAAGCAUGAAAUGAGCGGAACAAAACUGCACAAAAUAGUUCUUAUGUAUGAAACAGGCUUCAAAAUACUAAUUUUUUUGUAGACAUAGCCUGCGAGCAAGCUGUCCAUUUUAGGGAAGUCGCGAGAGGUCACGCGAGGGCCAUGGCUUCGCUGCUCGUUUGCGCGUUCUCUCGCAGUUUGCUUCGUUAGCUGUACACCUAGUUGGAGAGCUUUCUAGCAGGCUAGUGAAGGGAAAACUUAGUCAUGUGGUGCAGAAUGACGUUUGGCGUUUUCCGUAAACUUGAUUCUAUUCAGUCAUUCUAUUCGCCCCAGAUUGCCUCGUCUUAUUGCAGUGUACUCGCUCCAGUUGCUCAAAAGGUGGAUAGCGCUAUCCGUCGUAUCCCGUAUUUAUUUGAAUAAGCACCCAACCUCGAAUUAGCGCCCACCUCGAAUAAGCACCCAUCCUAAAGGCAGAAAAAGUUAAUAAGCGCCCAGCCUCGAAUAAGCGCCCAACCCCUCCUCCUCCCAAUCAAACUCAAGUAAGCGCUCACCCCCACCCCACCCACUUGAGUGAGUAAAUGCUAAUAAGAGACUUCCCCGAGGACGGAGUUUUCUUCAGAGUAUUUUGCAAAAAUCUUGCUUUGUUACUUCUUCGCGUUUUGUUAUUAGCAUUUAUUGUUUUGUUGCAAAAUAUACAUACCUCGCUUGCUCAAAAUGGUGAAAAUUUAAUAGGCGCCCGGCCUCGAAUAAGCGCCCACCUCGAAUAAGUGCCCAUUCUCAAGGUCCAAAAAUUUAAUAAGCGCCCAGGGGGGUUAAUCGAAUCAAUACGGUAAAUCACUAUUCGUAAUUGGUUUUCUUAAUAAUUAUCCACCGGAUAGCGCUUUAUCCGGUGGAUAGCGCUAUCCAACUUUAGAACAAGUAGGGCAAGGAGAAAAACAAUCCUUGAAAAUCGCUGUUGUUCAAACUGCUUGAAGAUGACCCAACAUUUUCAAGAACAAAGCCAAAGUUAAAGCGAUUGUGUUUGAACAUUUAAGCCAUUUGAAAAUCGUUUUAACUUGCUUUCAAAGUCGUUUAGUUAAAUACCGUGUUUUACCUCUCACGUCGCGUCUGUUCUCGCUGGAGGUGAUAUAUAUAUGCCUCGCAAGAAGGAUGAAACUCUGAGUAGCGAUAAAUGUUCAAGAGUUAAUCCAGUUCCAUCAGUCUACUUGUACGAUAUAUGCUACUUCCCUUGCUCUGCUUACACGUGUAGGUUAAGAGACCCUUUAUAGGCUAAUUGAUGAUAAAAUUCUUUUAAUCCCGUUCUCAGAUAACCGAGUCUGUUCCACAUCCAGUACCCGACGUAGCACUGCCUUCGUCACCCACCUCUAGUGUUUCAUCCUCAGGGAUCCCCCCUGAGUAUUUUCAAAUGAACCAAUCACUGGAAGUCUUAGAUGAUGACAGUUCCAGUGGAAGCGGCUGACAGCGCAGUUGGUUAAUCCACUCUUUCAUUGGAUUUAACUUCAAUGACACGAGAGGGCAGAAUAUUUCCGACUGUUAUUAUCCAAUCAUGAAGCAAUACGUGUUCCCGAAGAGCCUACUAUUGGAUACGCGAUUUAAGUGCCGGGAAGUUAUUAUCCAAUCACGAAAAAUGUCGCGUGUGCUCAAACAGGUUAAGAGCAUCAUUUUUCACUAACGGAAGAACCAACAAGUACCAGAAGUGUUAACCAUCAGGAGAAUAAUAUGAAAUCACUGUAUCGUAUAAUUAUAAAAACUGAACAAGUUUAUAAAGACCUUUAUCGGGUACUCUUGGUUACCGGCCGGGGCCCACAGACCGGAAGCGAGCAACUUCAAUGCUUUCUUGUCAAGGAGUUUUCACCGACCAGUUUAAUUUCAGAUUUUGCGCGAAUUUCAGCCCCAAACAUUUUGGCUCCUUCUAAGUCUACAGACGUAGAUAUUGUAUUUUUACCUUUUAAUGACGUUUAGUUUUCCUUUUUGGUAUCUCGUACUUCGAGUGAGCUAACAGAAGAAGCGGUUGUGGGAAAAAGUCCUGUAAAAUGUUUGUUAAAAUAAACUAGUCAUAGUAAUAAGACGUAGGCCUAAUACGGGAGUUUCUUACUACUGGUUAUGCGCUCCUUGUACCGGAAGCGUAGCUGGCGGGAUACGCGCGCGGGGUUACUUUCUCGGCGGCGGAACCACCACGCGCGAAGCCGCGCGGGUCCCACCCUAAUCCCGCCAGCUACGCAGGCCACCUUGGACGUUAUUAGCUAAGAAGGAAACAGUCCGAAAACCAGAAGAUCUGAUAUCUCCGACAAUAGUAUAGUAGGUCGCCCCACCUUUCGAUAGAACAAAACAACAGGACUCGCUGAACAUAAUACUUUCGAGUUGUCAUUUAGACAAAAUGGUGCUAACGUUACUUAGCAACUGCGCUUCUUACGUUUUGAACACCGCGGGAUCAAUUUAUACUCGGGCCGAACCAAAUCAUUUGCA